AGUAGCCGGCCGAGCUCCCGAGAAGCAGCCGCCGCCAUUUUGUGCGUGUCUGUGUUUUCCCCCACCCCCGCUCCCCUCUCCGCGGCGGCCGGGACGCCCCGCGCCUUCUGCCGGGCAGGCGAGGCGAAGCCAAGGCCUCGGGCCGGGCCUCGGGAGCCACCGGGGGCCGCGAAGCCGCGCCGCUCGCAGCGAGAGAGGGGGAAAGAAGCAGCAAAACGGAAAAGGGGGGGAACGAGCCUUCGGCGCUGCCCCCCGACGGGAGGAGGAGUCUCAGCGCCAGGCCCAGGCGCGGCACCGGCAUGGAGAACUCACAGCUCUGCAAGCUGUUCAUCGGCGGCCUCAACGUGCAGACCACGGAGGCCGGGCUGCGGGAGCACUUCGCGGCCUACGGCACGCUGACCGACUGCGUGGUGGUGCUCAACCCGCAGACCAAGCGCUCCCGCUGCUUCGGCUUCGUCACGUACUCGGCGGUGGAGGAGGCGGACGCCGCCAUGGCCGCCUCUCCUCACGCCGUGGACGGGAACUCGGUGGAGCUGAAGCGCGCCGUGUCCCGGGAGGACUCGGCCAAACCCGGCGCCCACGCGAAGGUGAAGAAGCUCUUCGUGGGCGGCCUGAAGGGGGACGUGGGCGAAGGGGACCUGGUGCAGCACUUCAGCCAGUUCGGCCCGGUGGAGAAGGCCGAGAUCAUCGCCGACAAGCAGAGCGGCAAGAAGCGCGGCUUCGGCUUCGUCUACUUCCAGAACCACGACGCGGCCGACAAAGCGGCCGUGGUGAAGUUCCACCCGAUCCAGGGCCACCGCGUGGAGGUGAAGAAGGCCGUGCCCAAGGAGGACAUCCAGGCGGGCGGGGGCGGCUCCGCGCGGCCCUCGCGGGGCGGCCGGGGAGGAGGACGGGGUCGGGGCGGCGGCGGAUCCGGUAACCGGGACCACAACGGGCUGUCCAAGGGCGGCGGCGGCUACAACAGCUACGGCGGCUACGGCGGAGGGGGCGGCGGCGGCUACGGCGGCUACGGCGGCGGCUCCUACGGCGGCGGAGGGGGAGGCGGCGACUACGGCAACGGGUACGGCGGGUUCGGCAGCUACAGCCAGCACCAGUCCUCCUACGGCCCCAUGAAGAGCGGCGGAGGAGGGGGCGGAGGGGGCGGCAACUGGGGGGGCCGCAGUAACAGUGGACCGUACAGAGGAGGUUACGGCGGGGGAGGGUACGGGGGCGGCUCGUUCUGAGCCGGAGCGCCCGAACCCAUUGGGGGCGGUGCGCGGAGCCCCUCCCUUUGGGCCGGGGCGGCUUCUCGACGGUUUCUCCCUCGCCCGCCGAAGGGCAGCUCCUUUUAAAUGCCUCCCCGCUGCGGGAGCAGCUCCUAAAUGCCCCCUGGGGGCCGCCUCUGCUGCCUGGGCCACUUCUUUCUCUCUGAAGAUGGACCGGGCCCCACACACACAUACUUUGUGUUACAGUCAUUGAUGGACUCUAUUUUUUUAUUAUUACUUGGACCUCGGUCGUUUUUAUACUAGCAACGAAAAAUGUCUUGUUUUAAUUUGCUUUUUUUGGGGGGGUACGGGGUGGGAAGCGUCUUGCCGAUCUGGAGUAACAACCGGGGAGGGCUGUGGGGAAUUCCUUUGUUGUAAGGACUCGAUACCUGGCUACUACGUUUUUUUCUACAAAGCCUACUCGGAUCCCAUGACUGAAGUUAACGUUUCUGUAAAGGAGGAAAAAAAAAAUCGUUUUUACGUUUUUUAUUUUUUAAAUAAAUCAUUGUGUUCAUUGA